AUGGGCGGCAAGCCCAAGUUGAAGCCAGAUUCUGUGGGACACAUGGGGGAGAAGAAACGCUUUCUGACGGUUUCUGAUGGUUUUUUGGGCUACUCAUUGGUGGAAGAUCUACACUGGAAGUGGAAAAUGGUCCCUUGGAAAACAAUGUUCCUCUACAAAGAGAGGGGUGCUCCACUUUCCAUGACUAUUUCAGGGCGUGUAAGCAUCCAAGCAUCGCUGACUGUCAGGAACGCUUUGGCCAUGAGAAGCCCCAGAGGCCAGAAGGCCGGAGAUGCGGCGAAGCGGAAGGAGGUCGUGAUGCUUUUUGGCCACCUGGAGCAGGCCGCCUCUGCGGGUGAGGGGCGUUUGGCCUACGAACUCUACUUGCGGCUUCUGGAGGCGGAUCCCAACUUCACGACGCCGGCCUUGGACCCCACCAUGCCGUGGAAGGCUUGCCAAGUGCUGGAGAACCAAGCGGAGAUGAGGAGCGCCAUGCAGCUGAAUGAGGCGAUCUUUGGGAAGCUCCUCCAGGUGGCCAACAAAGCUGCGGCCCUCAGUGAGGAAGACAUGCUGAGGCACUGGCAUCAAGUGCACGGCCACGAUCCCAGCAAGGGCGACCCGUACCUGGUCCUGGCGUUGAAUGACCUGCAGAAGCUUCGACCCCGCUUGGAGGUCUUCCACAGGCCCGUCGCCGGGCGUCGAGCCCCACGUCGUCGAGCCCGUCCCGACGAGUCGACUCCGUCGAUCCAUCGACGAGCGCCGCAUGGCAUGGAGUCGAAAUACUCCAAGUCCAAGGCCAGACAAGAUGCCAUCAAGCCAGCCUUGGCCUUCUUCUGCGGCUUAGGCGCAUCCGAACGCCGGCUGCACGGGGCGGUGGAGAUGUUCUGCCUGCGCGGGGCGAAAGCAAGAGCAAGACUAGCAGUGGAUGGCUUAGAGAGUUCUCCCUUUCCCUGCCACACUCUCCGUCGGCUCAACGCGGUGACCCGCAAGCUGAAGAUGCACAGAGAAGAGCCUCGGCCUGAGACAUCCUGGGCUAUCUUUCAAUUGGUAUUACAACACCGCUAA